AUGGACCCAACUUCAUCCCCAACAACACAGCACCGAGUUGGACAGGAUGUACACACGCCCAUUCACCUCCAGAUCCCAACUGUUCCCACAUUCCCAUUAUCUUCUCCGAUAGUAGAAGAAGUCAUGACACCGUUUUCAGAAUCCGACUCUUCGGAGCGUGCAGCAGGCCGCAGCAAUAACCCGUUUCGAUUCCCAGAGGGCUAUCUGGUCGCAGAGGCAAACGAUUUUGGGGAUGGACACCAAGGCUUACACAGUAAUAACCAGAACUCGGCUGCGCAUUUCGAACAGCAUGGCUUGCCACGUAGUUUUGAAUCGACUCCACCAAAAAAAAUGCGACCGGGGCUAAAUGUUGUGACUGAUUUCAGUAGAAAUGGAUUUUCCCAGACUGCAAAAGACGAUGUCGCUGCAUCCAGACAACCGCCCUCCAAGGCCUUUUUGGACUUGAACGACCUCAAAUCUCUUUCUCAAACCCAGCGGCCAUCUGAACGCCAGGCCAGUGGGUGGCAACCCACUUGGAAAUCUAAACUCCGGGGCUAUGAAGAGUUGAAAGAUCAAUCUGCAGAUCUUAGCAAUAACCCACCAAAGCGAAAACGUGCGGAAAAGGAGUCCCUGAUGAGAAAAUUGUCCAGAAAAGCGAUUAAAAAGCCCGCUAAGGUUCAAGAACUAUCACCGUCCGAUCGGCCCAUAUUGAUUGGUAUCAGCGUUCCUGCAGUUUCUGUAAACCAAUCUUCGCCUGAGGACCUCACUGUCCCAACAAACCAACAAACCCCUGCCACACCAUCAAUAGUGAUAACACCUGCAGUGGAAGAACGGGCUUGGGAUACCACCUGGGACAGCUCAAACUCGACACCACCACGCCCGGCAUCGAGUGUUUACUCACAGCCUACGCCUUUCGUAAGGUCUGGAAGAAUAGAGUCUAUUCCACCGGUACCAGCCAUCCCACCGCCGAAUUCAGUAUGGCACAAUGAAAAAGAUGGAGAGCCGUUGGUGGAUGGCCUUUCAGAGAGAAGCCGAAAACGUCGUUCGUACUCGGCCGGAACAGUCAUUGAUGAGGAACUUUCUCCAUCGGGGUUUUCCUUGCGUCAGCGGUCAUUUUCCAACGAGAGUAAACUUAGUCGUUCGAAACGAUUAAGCCUCGAAACGGUCUCUACACGACGUCGGUCACAAGGAUGGUGGAACGUUCUCUGGACUCCUUCGUUGACGAGAUCAAACACGCUAAGCAGCUGGCGUGGUCCUGCUAGCGAUGCUAGCAGCCCUCCUCCUGUACCAACUCUGUCGGCGGAACCCAAGGAACCCUACUCUAGAAGCACCAUAAACGAAAAGCAAUGGACCCCUGUGCGAUCCGCGUUCUCUCCAGACACACCAGAGAGUGGAACUGGGAAAAGGAUUCUCAGCGACAUUACAGCAUGGCCCGACAUGGACGACUGGGACAAAGAGCGUGAAGACCGGAGCCGGGUGCCCAGAUCCCUCCAUUCACCAAAAAUCCCAAAUAACAAGGCUUCCCCCAUGUCUGCUUCUUCCACACAGUCUAUCCCUUUGGUUAUGUCAACCUCAACCAACCACGCUGCUACAUUUCACAAUAUGCCUUGUCAACAUGACCUUCUGAGCAGCCAGCCUUGCUCUACAUGUUUAACCCGCACCAAUAUUGAUAGAUUUCUCGCUCAGACAGCGUCCGAAAGUCGGGGAACAUCUACGGAUUACCCCGGGACAGUUUAUGUCUUCACAAGGCCAACAGCUAGACAACCCAUUCUUUCGGAGGUUUGUCGAAAGUUUACGGAAUGA